AAUCGUUCUAGGUCCGAGGCGCAAAAUCUGACGUUACACAAACCCACGCUUACCGUAUGUACUUCAUGGGUCCAAACACUUUCAGGGAACCUUGGCAUCUCCCUUACUCUCGUCCCCAUGCAAUCAUCGAGAUGGUGUACGAGGAUGCUUUUAACAGAUUUAUUGAUGAGGUCAACUCUACCGCUGCGUAUGAUUGGUGGGAAGGGUCUGUGCACAGCAUAUUGUCAGUUCUCGCAAAUCCUUGCGCCUGGUCUUGGAAACAAUGGCGUCGAAGGAGAAAAAUUCAUCGCCUUCAGCAAUACGUAAAAUCUCAAUAUGACCAUUCUUGCCUCCGCUCAUGCAGGUCUAGAGCUCUCUACAAAGGCAUGAAGGUGGGAGCCACUCCGGAUCUGAUGGUUGCAUACGUAGACUUUUUUCUUGGCGGUGACGAGAAGCGUGUAGAUAUGGUCUCUAUUAUACAGAAAAGAUUCCCCAUGUGCAUACUUUUUGGUGGAGAUGGAAGUUAUAUGUCACCCUAUAGUCUUCAUAGUGACGCACUCUUAACAAAUCUUCUAGGCCAGCACAUACCGCCAAGUGUUUGGCACCGCUUUGUUGCCGGGUUAAACGCACAGCUAAGGACUGUGAGGCAUGGAUCAAUUCGUUCAGCAUUACUUCCUGUCAUUAGGUGGGUAAACAGCCAUGGAAAUCCUCAACUCGAAUUCCACGGAGUAAGAAUUGAGCUUGGAUGGUUUCAAGCUACAGCUUCUGGAUAUUACCAACUUGGUAUCUUGGUUUUUGUUGGCGAUUUUCCUCUGAACACUGUAAACCAAUCAGUUUCAUUCAGCAGAAGUGACGACGAGUCCCCUCGGAACAGCUCUGCAUGUCCCAGCAAUUCUCUUAUCGAGUUGCAACAAGACUUGAUCCAACCAAGACAUGGGUUAUCUCGGAAGAGAAUCAAUGGUGGAAUAAACGGAGGUCUCAUCAACGAGAUUUCAUUACAAUCUUUGGAGUACAGAAGGGACUUACUUUAUCCAUUCUCUCUCUUAUUAAACAAUACACGACCCGUUGGUCGUCAGGAUACCCUUCUACGUUUGAUCUCCAUCCUUCUUCUUGCGGAUCUUUCAGUCACGGUCCUUGCAUUGCUUCAGUUCUAUUGGCUUGCUCUUGCAGCCUUUCUCGCUAUCCUCGUGAUUCUCCCUCUCGCUCUGCUUUGCCCAUUCCCGGCUGGCCUUAACGCGUUAUUAAGUAAAGAAAUUAGAAGAGCUUCACUUACUCGUGUCUACGCCCUUUGGAACGCUACAUCUCUAACCAACGUCAUUAUGGCUUUCGUUUGCGGUGUCAUUCAUUCCGUUUUUUUCUCUGGCCAACUAAGUGAUAAGACAAACAUUUGGAACGCCAUAAGAGAUGAUGAUAAGUGGUGGGUAUUACCAACAAUACUCUUGUUACUCAAGUGGAUACAAGCUUGGUUCCUUGAUUGGCACGUCGCGAAUCUGGAAGUAUCAGACUUUUCUCUUCUUUGUCCCGAUCCAGACACGUUCUGGGCAUAUGAAUCUGGAGCUUGACGAACGAAAUGAGUAGAUGGCAUAUUAUUUAUCAUGUAAAUCUGCUAAAAGAAGUACAAGUAGGUAGUUCUCGCUUCUCACUGUUAGGUGGGUUAUCUGGUGUAGGUUUUGCCAGAUGAAACGCUAGUUUUAUAAACUAGAGAGUUUAGAUGGAGAUCAAUAAUCCUAAAACCAAACUGAAAGUUAACUUAUUCUAUUUAUGCAUGAUGUAAAAAGUUCAGUAUAUAUUAUACGUUCAAAUCUAA